UUUCUACAUAAUGCCAGUGCUAAACCCCGACGGUUACGAGCACUCGCACACGCAUGAUCGGCUCUGGAGGAAAACUCGCUCUCGCCCACCAGACCAGACUGAUGACUACUACUUUGUGGGAUGGUUUCCAUGGAACUGGGGUCAGACUGAGUGUGUUGGGGUGGACGCGGAUCGCAACUGGGACUAUCAUUGGGGCGAAGAAGAUUCAUCCCGCGAUCCUUGUUCCGACAACUUCGCAGGACCACAUCCCUUCAGCGAACCGGAGACACGAGCGGUGUCCGAAUUCCUCACAGAACACAGAGGACAAAUUAAGGUUUUUAUAUCACUCCAUGCUUACUCCCAAGCGUGGUUAGUACCUAGUACUCAUGCAUACACGCCUUACGGGGAUGACGGUGUAUUGAUGGAAAUGGGAAAGCUCGCUACUACUGCGCUAGGGGACAUGUUUGGUACAAAAUAUCGGGUUGGAACAGCAGAAGAACUUAGCCAGCCAGCGGGAGGGAUGUCCCAUGACUGGGCAAAAGCACGAGCCGGAAUCAAGUUUUCCUAUCACGUUGACCUCCGUGAUUCAUUUGGACCAUACGGCUUUCUAUUACCUGGCUCGCAAAUUGUGUCGACAGCCCGAGAAACAUGGCAAGCUGUUAAGGCAAUAGUAGAUAAUGUUGCACCUGAUUAAGUUUGAUUUUUCUUGUACGGGUAAGAAAAGACUGAAAAGGUGUGAAAUUUCUCCAAGAUUUGAGAACAAUGAACAAGAUUUAUUUGUAUAGUCAAGCGUUCAAUAGAGACUAACAUGGCUUGUCAGUUUGAAACAACUUACAGUCUACAGUGAAUUAACGAUUUGCACUCGUAAUUUGACUACUAUUUGCCUAAUAUGCCUUAUAUCUAUUAGCCGUAGGGUCAAUAAGGUUGAUAUUUCCUAUUAUGUAAUGUGCAACGUGAAUCGUUUAACAUAAUUAAAGGCUAGCAAUAUCGAAUCGAUAAACAUUACGAUUCCUAAACAAUUCCUAUUUAAAUAAAAUAUUUACUAUUGUUAGUUACACUACCUAUGAUCUAAUAUGACAUUCGAAGGCAAAGUACAAGUACUUAGUACUUACUUACUUACCUAUUCUUUACUUUCAUAACAGUCCUAUUAUAAGUAAAUUCCUUUUUUUUAGCGUUAUAUGUUUUAGUUGUGAUAAUAGAUUAUGCCAAACGACAUUUUUUAGAAAGUAUUAAUUUAUUAUGUAGGGAAGUAGUUAGUUUUAGAUUUAAGUAUUUAUUCAAGGGAUUGAUGG